AUGGGUGAGCUCUACUCCUGCGCGGAUCAGGUUCUGAUCUGGCUGGGGGAUGCAGCGGACCAGAGCGAUCUGGCCUGUGCGCUGUUGCCCGAGCUUACCGAAAAGAUCUGGUCGUUGAAGGACAGCGAAGGGGGAUGGAGACCGCUGAGCACAGAUGAUAUCGUAGCGCAGGGGCUUCCACAUCCCGACGAUCCGCUUUGGUGCGCCGCAUUGUUGCUUUACAGUCGGGCGUGGUUCCAGCGACUCUGGAUUGUUCAAGAGGUGGUCCUGGCGCGCGCGUGUGUGUUUCUAUGCGGUCUACAGCAGAUUGAAUGGCACGUUGUGGUAAACUUUGCCAUUGCCACGUCCAAAUCCUUCUUCGUGAGCAAUAUCGCCGGGUUGCAUAUUAAGGCGAUGGGUGAGGAUCGAGUGAGCCGGUCGACAAACGGGAUCAGACUUAUCCGCAAUUCACGCCGUUUGAAAGACAGCUUAGAGGACGAUGAGAAGGAGAUCACUGGUCUCCAAGCCACAAUGGACAUCAUGCAGAGUCAGGGUGCAUCCGUAAAGGUAGACUAUGUCUAUGCGGUUCGCGACAUGCUGCCGGACGCCCUGCGGGACCAGAUGGUGGUGGAUUACUCUGACGAGAUUAAGCGGAACUAUGGCAUCAUUCACGCCAGGUUUUUCCGCCAAUGCUUGGAGAGGCUCAGUGAUUGGCCGUCCUUACGGUUCCCUCCAAAUGCAGGCCAAAAAAAUAUCCCUUCUUGGUGUCCCCCUUGGGGCAGUGGUUGGAAUUACAGUUAUCUGCCCAUCAUAGGCUGUCACGCUGGGAGGCCAGCUGCAAUCUCCCCCUGGUCAUCCUCAGGUAGGUUAUGCCUUGAACCUAGUGAUGAUAGUGAGGGAAUUCUGUGUAUUGCUGGCAUUUCCGCAGAUACGGUCCAAGAGAUUGUUCCCUUCAGCCCAGUCUUUCACGGGAGCACGAACGUCCUGGACGUACGUCGAAUCUUGAGAGCCAUCAAAGCCUGUUCGGCUCACAUCUCCGACGGCGCCGACCGCCACGAACGCCUCCUAGGCGUUCUAAUCGGCCAGUGUGGCUGGCUUAAGUCACCCCAGUUCUCUGGUCGCCCAGACGGCGAUGUCCUAGAUGGCUUUGUGUCAUUCCUAGAGCACCUUGCUGCAAACAAAGAGCAUGAAGGUGAUGCCGAUCCAGUCCCUGUCAACUUAGACACGGCCGAAUACUUUCUCGAUCAGCAUCGGUUCUGGCGGGCCUAUCUAAAUCUCAUAAUGAUUCGAUGGCCUGGUAGAAGUUUCGCACUUACCACAAAUGGCCGUAUGGCGAUCGUGCCAUGUCACACCAAGCCCGGAGACACGGUGUGUGUCUUCCUGGGAGGGACGCUCCCGCAAGUGCUUUCUCGGCAUGAGGAUGGCGUGCAUUGGAAGUAUGUUGGGCCCAGUGUUGUCGACGGCAUUAUGGAAGGGGAGGUCUUUGAUACCAAGGAGGAAUGGAUACACAACAAGGAAAUCUUCUUCUUGAAAUAG